AUGAAGCUGCAUACCACGGUGAAGUCACUGGCCAUAAACACCCCGCAGCCUAUAACCACCCUUAAAACCCCAGCAUCGCCGCCGGGACCCGCGGGCCGCGCCAGCACCCUCGGUCCCCGCUGCAAAUCGCGCCGUCAGAAGGGAAGCACCGUCCCGCCCUCCAGCGCUCCCCACGGCCCGGAGGCUGCGGCCGCGCUCAGCCCGCCGCACCGCGUGAGGGCCGACCCCGGCCCGGCCUCGACGCUUCCCGCGGCUGCCAGCGCACGGCGGGGCGGGGACGAGCGCAGCCCCGGAACGAUGCGGCUCCCGGCACGGCCCCGCCUCACCCGGCGGCAGUUCCAACGGCCCGGCGCGGCGCCACGCGGCUGCCGCCCCCUGCCCGGCCAGGACGCGCACCGGGCUGCCCCCCGCCGCCACCGCCGCCCGCGGGAGGAAGAGGCCGAUGCGAAGAUGGGGGUUACCUCACCGGCCGCUGCCCGUCAGCCUCUCUCCCCGCCAGCGCCCGGCCACGCAGCACGCGCGACCCAGCCACGCCGCGCCGCGCCGCACCCCCUUCCUUUCCUUUUCCGGGUGCGGCGGCCGUGA